AUGUCGGUAAACACUAGCAAUGUCGGAAUCGAGGAAGGGAAGAAGAAGAAGAAGAAGGAGAAGGUGGUGGUAAUAAUGGGUCCCACAGGAUCAGGGAAAUCGAAGCUAGCUGUUGACUUGGUGUCUCAGUUUUGUAUACCUCUACGGAUUCUCGAGACUCAGCAAUUCCUCUUACUGAGGAGAUCCUUUCCGGUUCCGGUUCUUGUUGGAGGAUCAAAUUAUUAUAUUCAGGCUCUUGUGAGUAAAUUUCUCCUCGAGGAUUUAACGGGAGAUAGUGAUGAAUGCUGUUCAACUGUUGAUCCAGUCGUCUCUAUCACCAUAAACUUUCUACUUUAUGAAGGCUUGGAUGUCAAGUCUAUCUCUGGGAGAGAUGGCUAUGAGCUUCUUAGAGAGCUAGAUCCCGUGGCAGCAAACAGAGUUCACCCUAAUAAUCACAGAAAAAUUAAUCAAUACCUGAGCUUGCAUGCUAGCAGAGGAGUUCUUCCAAGCAAGCUAUAUCAGGAAAAGCUUUAUUUCUUUUUAUCUGCUGUAACUCUGUAA